AGUAAGCUUGAUACUGAGAAAGCUAGAAUAGAUUUCAAUGGAGCUCAUCUGUUUCUUGGUUUUCAAUAUCUGCUUACUCUUUUCUCUGAGCAGAAUUUCAUCAGCUGCUGAUACCCUUACUUCAUCUCAGUCCCUCAGUGAUGGCAAGUCAUUGGUUUCUUCUCCGGGUGGAAUAUUUGAGCUGGGUUUUUUCAGUCCAGGCAUUUCCAAGAGCCGCUACUUGGGAAUUUGGUACAAGAACAUCCCAACUCCAACUGUUGUUUGGGUUGCAAACAGGCAAACUCCAAUCAAUGGUUCCACUGGCAGCUUGAUGAUCAACAGCACAGGCAAUCUUGUCCUUGUCAACAACAACAACAACCAGACUGUUUGGUCUACAAAUUCAUCAAAACAGUCCCAGAGCCAGCGCACUGUCCUGCAGCUCCUGGACAAUGGCAAUCUUGUCCUCAGAGAUGAGAAAGAUGCAAACUCAGAAAAGUACUUGUGGCAGAGUUUUGACUACCCAUCUGAUACUUUGUUGCCAGGAAUGAAGCUUGGGUGGGACUUGAGGACCAGACUUAAUCGACGUUUAACGGCAUGGAAAAGUUCAGAUGACCCUUCUCCAGGGGACUUCAUCUGGGAAAUGGAGCUGCAUGAGUAUCCUGAGCCAGUUAUGUGGAAAGAGUCCAAAGAGUACUUGAGAAGUGGCCCAUGGAAUGGUGUUUUGUUCAGUGGUAAACCAGCCAACGCACUUCCUGCAUUGAACUUCAGUUUCAUCUCCAAUGAGGAUGAGGUUUACUUGACAAUCGACAUGGUGAAUAAGUCUGUACUUGGAAGGAUGAUCAUGAACCAAACCACGUCGACGCCGUAUCGACAGGAGUGGAUUUGGUCGGAAGCAGACCGGAAUUGGACAAUUUAUGCAACGUUUCCAAGAGACCCUUGUGAUAGUUAUGGCCACUGUGGUGGUAAUGGCAAUUGUGUUCUUAGUUCAUCCCCAAUUUGUCAAUGUUUGGAUAGGUUCAGUCCUAGAUCACCGGAGAACUGGAACUUAAAUGAGUAUUCACAAGGCUGUGAGCGCAGGAAGCCAUUGAACUGCAAGAAUGAUGGAUUCGCCGCGUAUCGCGGGUUGAAAUUGCCCGAUACUACGCAUAGUUGGGUAGAUAAAAGCAUGAAUCUCAAGGAAUGCAGGACCAAAUGCUUAUCUAAUUGUUCUUGUUCUGCUUAUACAAACUUGGAUGUGAGAGGAGGAGGCAGUGGUUGUGCCAUCUGGUUCGAUGAUCUUGUCGAUAUCAAGCAAAUGCCAGGUGGUGACCAGGAUAUAUAUAUCAAGAUAUCUGCCUCAGAACUAGGAGGGAAAGAUGAGAAGUGGAAGAUAGCUGUGAUUAUUGCUUCUGCCUCUGCCCUUAUUCUUGGGAUGCUCUUAGUUGGCUAUUGUUGCAUUCUCAAAGCCAGAGGCAGGAAAAAUGUCAAAGGUAAAGACAUUGAAGAACAGAAAGAUGAAGAUCUGGAGCUUCCAUUGUUCGACUUGACAACAAUAGAGAGUGCCACAAAUUUCUUUUCAGUCAACAAUAAGCUUGGUGAAGGCGGUUUCGGACCUGUAUACAAGGGUAGACUCGUAGAUGGUCAAGAAAUUGCAGUCAAGAGACUUUCAAGAAGUUCUGGACAAGGAAUAAAGGAGUUCAAAAAUGAAGUAAUACUGAUUGCCAAACUUCAACACCGAAAUCUUGUAAAGCUUCUUGGUUGCUGCAUUCAGGGAGAGGAGAAAUUGCUGAUCUAUGAAUACAUGCCCAACAAAAGCUUGGACUACUUCCUUUUUGAUGAAACACGACGUAAAUUGUUAGAUUGGCCUCAGCGCUUCCAAAUUAUCUGUGGGAUUGCUAGGGGGCUUCUCUAUCUUCAUCAGGAUUCCAGACUGAGGAUUAUACACAGAGAUCUCAAAGCAAGUAAUGUUUUACUUGAUAGAGACUUGAACCCGAAGAUCUCAGAUUUUGGUCUUGCUAGAACUUUUGGUGGAGAUCAAACUGAAGGAAAUACAAACAGAGUGGUUGGAACAUAUGGUUACAUGGCACCUGAAUAUGCAACUGAAGGGCAAUUCUCAGUGAAAUCUGAUGUCUUUAGCUUUGGUAUUUUACUGCUGGAGAUAAUAAGUGGAAAGAAAAGUAAAGGGUUCUAUCAUUUGAACCACCGCCUGAAUCUUAUUGGAAAUGCAUGGAGAUUGUGGAAAGAAGGAAGGCCAUUAGAGCUGAUUGACGAAGGGUUUGGGAAUUCGUGCACUCUAUCAGACGUACUGCGAUGCAUCCAUGUCAGUCUGUUAUGUGUGCAACUACAGCCUGAGGACAGGCCAACCAUGUCAUCUGUAGUUCAGAUGUUAUGUAGUGAAAGUGCCUUGCCUGAGCCCAAAGAACCAGGAUUUGUUCCAGAAAAGGAUUUACUCAACGGAGAGUUUCCCUUAAUUAACAACGAACCAUCUUCUAAUGGUUUAACCAUUACACAACUCGAGCCUCGUACACUUUCUGUAGCUUAUCACUCAGCUCAAGACUCCAGAAGACAUGCCAAAACUCUUGGCACUUCGUUCUCGAUUUCAGGCAGAACCUCAACUGCAGCUGACACCUUGAUUUUCAAACAUGGCAGCUUUCAAUUGGGUUUCUUAAACACUGGGGUUUACCGGCGUCAAUUAGCAUCAACUUCAGGUGAUUACUGUGACAACGAUGGCCUUUGUGGCGCCAAUGGAAUGUGUGACAUUAGUAAUUCACAAGUCUGCAUUUGUUUAAAAGGGUUCAAGCCCAAAAGACCAGACAAAUGGAACUUGGGAGAAUAUACAGAAGGUUGUGUGCGGCCUGAACUUUUGAAAUGCCAAAUUAAAGUUGGGUUUAUGAAAUAUGCUGCAGUGAAAUUGCCAGAUAUCACAAAUUCUUGGGUUAAUCAAAGUAUGAGCCUCAUGGAAUGCAGAGCAAGUUGCUUGAGCAACUGUUCUUGUAUGGCUUACUCAAGCUCCGGUAUCAAAGGAGAAGGCAGUGGCUGCACCAUCUGGUUUGGUGAUCUUAUCAACAUUAGAAAGCUUUUGGCUGGUGGGCAGGAUCUGUAUAUUCGAAUGCCUGCUUCGGAACUGAACGCGAAUUGCCGAAAGACAAAGAUCGCAGUGAUAGUUGUAUCCAUUGCUUCCAUUGUUUCUGGGAUGCUCUUAGCUGUUUGUUGCAUUUGCCGUAAGAGUUCAAAGUUCAAAGAGAAAAUGGGGAAGCACGGAACAAUGAGUAAGAACUAUGAAGGACAGAAAGAAGACCUGGAGGUACCAUUAUUUAGUCUGUCCACAAUAGCCACUGCUACUGACAACUUUUCAUUCAACAAGAAGCUUGGAGAAGGUGGUUUUGGACCAGUAUACAAGGGUAGACUAGUAGAUGGGCAAGAAAUUGCGGUGAAGAGGCUCUCACAAAGUUCAGGGCAAGGAUCAAACGAGUUCAAAACCGAAGUACGACUAAUAGCCAAACUUCAGCACCGAAAUCUUGUGAGGCUUCUAGGUUGUUGCAUUGAGGGUGAAGAGAAGUUGCUGAUUUAUGAGCACAUGCCCAACAAAAGCUUGGACCUCUACAUUUUUGAUCAAACUCAAGGUAGACUGUUGUAUUGGUCAAAACGCUUCCACAUUAUCUGUGGGAUUGCCAGGGGUCUUCUCUAUCUGCAUCAAGAUUCAAGAUUGAGGAUUAUUCAUAGAGAUCUUAAAGCAAGUAAUGUUUUACUUGACAAGGAGAUGAACCCAAAAAUCUCCGACUUUGGCUUAGCUAAAACUUUUGGAGGAGAUCAGAAUGAAGGAGUUACAAGAAAUGUUGUUGGAACCUAUGGUUAUAUGGCACCGGAAUACGCCAUUGAUGGCCAAUUCUCUGUAAAAUCAGACGUUUUUAGCUUUGGCAUUUUGUUGUUGGAGAUAAUAAGUGGGAAGAGAAGUAGAGGAUUUUAUGAUCCGGAUGAACACCUUAACCUCAUUGGACAUCUUCCUGAAGACAGGCCAACCAUGUCAUCUGUGAUUCUGAUGUUAGGUGAUGGGGGUGCCUUGCCUCAACCCAAAAGGCCAGGUUUCUUUGGUGGAAGAUAUUCAUCUGAAGCAGAUUCUUCGUCAAUUAAGAACGAAAUAUCUUCACCCUUUGACUCUACAAUAACCAACUCCAAGACUAGAAAGAAAACAAUGGGCAGUAUUUUUUCAUUCAUGUUGAUUGGAAUUUAUGUGUCCCUCUUUUUCAUCAAAACCUCAACUGCAGCUGAUGCCAUUACUCAAUCCCAAUCCCUUAGAGAUCGUAACACCUUGAUCUCCAAACAUGGCAGUUUUGAAUUGGGGUUUUUCAGUCAACCAGCUCCUGACUCCAAAAACAGCUUCUUGGGAAUUUGGUACAAGAGUUCUGUUUCAUUAGUCACAAAUGUCACUUGGGUUGCAAACCAGCAAAACCCCAUUAAUGGUUCAUCUGGGAUUUUGAUGAUAAACAGCACGGGCAGUGUUGUCCUUCUAAGCCACUAUCAGACUGUUGUUUGGUCAAUAAAUUUGUCCAGACAACCCAGGAAUCCGAUUUUGCAGCUCUUGGAUUCUGGCAAUCUUGUCCUAAGAGAAGCCAAAGAUGGAAACUCAGAAAACUACUUGUGGCAAAGCUUUGACUCUCACUCUGAUAAGUUGUUUCAGGGUAUGAAGAUUGAAUGGAACGUAAAGACUAGGGCUUGCAGGAGUCUAUUGGCGUCAAGGGUAGAGCAUGACACAUCAACUUCAGGAGACUACUGUGACAGUAAUGGACGUUGUGGACCCAAUGGAAUAUGUACCAUUACUAAAUCCCCAGUUUGUAGUUGCUUCAAAGGCUUCGAGCCCAAAGCACUAGGAAAAUGGAACUUUGGAGAAUACCAAGAAGGUUGUGUGCGUACUGUACCUUUGAGCUGCCAAAAUAAACAUGAGUUUAUCAAAUAUCCUGGGGUAAAGUUGCCAGACAUCACAAAUUCCUGGGUCAACCAAACUUUGAGUCUCAGGGAAUGCAGGGAAAUUUGCUUGAACAACUGUUCUUGUAUGGCUUACGCAAGCUCCAGUGUCAAAGGAGGAGUCAGUGGCUGCACCAUCUGGUUUGGUAAUCUGAUGAACAUCAGAGAGCUCUUGGAUGGUGGACAGGAUCUGUAUAUUCAAAUGCCUGCUUCAGGAUUAAAGGCUAAUUGGCCUAAGACAAAGAUAGCCGUGAUAGUUGUAGCUGUUGCUUCAGUUGUUUCCGGGACACUCUUAGCUGUUUAUUGCAUUCGCAGAAAGAGGAGAAAGUUCAGAGAGAAAAUUAGGAAGAAUGGAAUGAUGGGUCAGGACAAUGAAGGACAGGAAGCCAACCUGGAGCUACCAUUAUUUAGUCUGCCAACAAUAGUCACCGCCACUGAUAACUUUUCAUUCACCAGGAAGCUUGGAGAAGGUGGUUUUGGACCUGUAUACAAGGGUAGACUAGAAGAUGGGCAAGAAAUUGCUGUGAAGAGGCUCUCGCGAAGUUCAGGACAAGGGCCAAAUGAGUUCAAAAAUGAAGUACUACUAAUAGCCAAACUUCAGCACCGGAAUCUUGUAAGGCUUCUAGGCUGUUGCAUUGACGGAGAAGAGAAAUUGCUCAUCUAUGAAUAUCUUCCCAACAAAAGCUUGGACUUCUACAUUUUUGAUAAAACUCAAGGUAGAUUGUUAGAGUGGUUGCAACGGUUCCACAUUAUACGUGGGAUCGCUAGGGGACUAAUCUAUCUUCAUCAAGAUUCCAGACUGAGGAUUAUCCAUAGAGAUCUUAAAGCAAGUAAUGUAUUACUUGAUAAGGACAUGAACCCAAAAAUCUCAGAUUUCGGCUUGGCUAGAACAUUUGGAGGAGAUCAGACUGAAGGAGUUACAAGAAACGUGGUUGGGACCUAUGGUUAUAUGGCACCAGAAUAUGCCAUUGAUGGUCAAUUCUCUGUAAAAUCAGACGUUUUUAGCUUUGGAAUUUUAAUGUUGGAGAUAGUAAGCGGGAAGAGAAGUAGAGGAUUUUAUGAUCCGGAUGACAACCUUAACCUCAUCGGACAUGCAUGGAGAUUGUGGAAAGGAAGGAGGUCUUUAGAGUUGAUUGAUGAAAGCUUAAGGGACUCAUGCACUCUAUCCGAACUCUUGCGUUGCAUACAUGUUAGUCUUUUAUGUGUGCAACAGCUUCCUGUAGACCGGCCAACCAUGUCAUCUGUGAUUCUGAUGUUAGGUGAUGAGUUCCCCUUGCCUCAACCCAAAAAACCAGGUUUCUUUGGUGGAAAAUAUUCGUCUGAAGCAGAUUCUUCUUCAAGUAAGAACUUAACAUCUUCAACUAACGAACCAUCUUCAACCUAUGACUCUACCAUAACGUUGCCUGAGGCUCGAUGAGAUGCAAUUAAUUGCAAAUCUUGCACCAUGUAAUUUAUUCGAGGAAUGGAUCAUGUUGAAAUUUUGGGACCAUUAAACAGAACAUUGGGCCUUCAAAUGGUGGGUUUCUCAGAGCUUGUCAUUGUCAUCCACAAAG